AUGGGCCGAUUGCGACCUAGAUCGCUAGAAGCGGGUCGGGUAAGUGGCAUUGGUUCGAAUCAGAUCCUCAAGGGUCGGGCCCAGGAACGAAAGAUCAGGCUGGAGAACGGCCAUGGGCAAGCGGUGGCUGAUUUCCUGCUGGAAUGUGAUGAAGGAAACCUAGAGGAAAAUCCUGGAGGACCUUUAUGGAAGGUUUUUAUUGAUGAUUCUUCGAAUCAAAUGGGGGCAAGAAUUAGGAUCAAACUACAGACGACAGAAAGCACCUCACUAAGUCAAGCACUUAGACUUGAGUUCAAAGCAACCAAUAAUGAAGCAGAAUAUGAAGCAUUGCUGGCGGGACUGAGGUUGUCAAAAGAGCUAGAGGUCAAAAACUUAGUCGCGUUUAGUGAUUCGCAGCUAAUAGUUCGGCAGGUGACUGGGGAGUACGGAACCAAGGAUGAAACAAUGGAGGCAUACCGUUCUGCCGUUAUUCAUGAGGCAAAAGAUUUUGAGAAAAUUGAGUUCAUCCAAUUGCCGAGAGAAUGUAACGAGGAUGCCGAUCGGUUAGCAUGCAGUGCGUCAAGUUCUGGAGAAACACUGGCAAGGGUGAUUCCAAUUGGUGUGUUAUGCUAG